AUGGAGUUUAUCACAGACGAUUACUGUUGUCUCGGGGAACUAUCUGAUCCUUCCCCUCAUCAUGGCGCACUCGCUGCGGAACUUCAAUCUCUUCACCAAGAAGGUUAUGUUCAUGGAGACAUUUGGGAUACAAAUGUUAUGGCAAAAAAGGAUUACAGCCCUGGAUUCAAACUCGUGGAUUUUGACUGGUCUGGAAAAUAA